AAAAUAUACUUAAUUUUGAGUCUAAUAAUCUGAACGGGAAAUGAGAGACGCCUGAAGGUAGUUUAAUUACUUGAAACCUCGCGGGAAAGAGAUAUAUCCAUUCCACGCGUGAAGUUUUUCCUUCAUAUUUAGUUCGCUAUGAAAUUCGACGAUAUGAACCAACUCAUCAUGCUACUGGCACAGAUUAAUUUAGCCAUAGCGGAACCUACGGUAUCUGCUGUUGGCAACAUAGCAAGUUCUGUAAACAUCACACAACCCCUGAAUGGCUUCAUAAGUUAUUCUAUUGAGUUUUCAUCGUUUCCAGAUUUCGCCGGCAACAAGACCAAUCCCAAUGACUUCUCAAACAACUUGUUAGACAAUCUUGGGGCUCUCGCGGGUGUUAAACCGUAUAUACGUGUUGGAGGGAAUACCCAAGACUUCGCCAUAUGGAACUCCGAGCUCAAGAUUGCGCUCAAUGGCACCUACAAUCUCUCAAGGUCUGCUGACUACCCAACAACCAUUGAGAUUGGGCCUGCGUACUUUGAGUCCUACAACACCUGGCCUGGAGUCAAAUUCUCCCACGGUUUCAACAUGGGCGGAAACCACGACAGCAGACAAUGGGAAACACUUCUCCAAACCGCAGCCGUAGCCUGCAAAGUCUUAAACGGCGAUAAUCUGUACCUAUGGGAGUACGGCAACGAACCCGACCUCUUCGCCGGCGCAGUCAGACCAUCCAACUGGAACGAAUCAGAGUACGUAUCAGAAUGGCUAAACGGAACACGAGCCAUCAAGAACGUAUUCAAAGAAAGCUGUCCCGAGCUCAGCCCAGACCAGUACGACUUCCUCGCGCCCUCCUUCGCCGGUACAUCCAACCGCCUGAACACCCCCCGCACAUGGACCGACGGCCUCGACGAAGACAAAAACAUAAAGCUUUUCUCCUCUCACAACUACAUCUCCGGCGUCGAAACCCUCGGCGUAACACUCCAAGGCACACUCCUAAACCACACGCGCACGCUCCUCAGCCUCUCACAACACACCUCCGAAAACCGCGCCAUAAACCCCGGUAUCCCAUACAUCCUCGGCGAGACCAACUCUUUGUACCACCAAGGGCGGCCCGGCCUCUCAAACGCGUUCGGCGCCGCGCUAUGGGCCGUGGAUUUCGCGGUCUCCGCUGCCGCUACGGGAAUGGGAAGAGUGCAUUUCCAUAUGGGCACGGACUACCGGUACGCGGCGUGGCAGCCGGUUCAGACGGCGAAGACGACGGUGGGGACUAAGGCGCCGUAUUAUGGCAACGUGGCGGUAGCUGCGUUUUUAGGGGGUGGGAUUGGGGGCGGUGAGUUUGGGGAUGACAGAGGAAAGGUAGGAACGGGGGUGGCGCAGGUGCAGCUUACAGGUGAAGGCGCGGAUGGGGAGACGGAUGUUGCGUAUGCGGCGUAUGAGAAGGGGGCGGUGGUUAGAGUGUUAGUGUUGAAUCUGCGGGAGUACAAUUACACGCUUAACGGCACGGGGCCUGGGCUGAACCCGGAACAGCGGCCGGUGAAAAGGUAUCGGUUUACGGGGCUGGAUGGGGUUGCGCGGAGUACGGCGGAGGUUAGGAGGUUGAGUGCUAAUGGGAGUGAUGCGGUGACGGGGAUUACGUGGGAUGGGUGGAGUUAUAAUUAUGAGCUUGAGCGCGGGAAGCCGGUGCGUUUGGGUAACGUGACGACGGGGGAGACGGUGGAGGUGGUUGGUGGUGCGGUUGAGGUCGCGGUCCCGGAUUCGGAGGUUGUGGUUUUGGAUUUCGGGACGGCGUCGAGGUAGGUGGGUAGGUGCAUGUUGAAUUCGGGCGUUGAUAAUAGCCUUUACAUACGAUCAUCCAUAAAGAGGCAUAUACUCGGUUUCGUAUACCGUAAGCAUUA